AUGAAGAUUCCUUUGUCAAAUCGAAUGGUGGAUGUAGAGCUUCCUAAUACUCAAGGGCAGGCCAUGGUAACUGUCAAAAACAUAAUGGAAGACUUCCAUCGCCAAACGGGAGAAAAUUUUCCCAAGUUAUUCGAGGCUUUUGUCUUGUUAUCGGCUCGCAAAAUUCGUAUGACUUGUCGCACCGCAUUGAAUAUGGAAGAAGUGUGUCAUCUCGGGCUUACGUUUCGAGAUGUCCGUCUAACGUUCAAUCCGGUCAGGACGGCCAAAUGGGUAAACAUUACGCCCCUGAGUUAUGCGAUUCCCAACGAAGCGAUUGAUGAUGCUUUGAAGCCAUACGGCAAAGUCAUUCAGAUUAAAAUGGACUCCUUUCAUGGAGUUUAUGUUGGCGUCCGUCAGGUCUUAAUGGAACUGUCUAAACCCAUUCCUUCGCGGUUGACCAUUGCAGCUCAUUCCUGUAAUUGUUUUUAUGUUGGUCAGGUUCAAACGUGCUUCUCGUGCCACCAGACAGGUCAUAUGACUAAAGAUUUCCCUAAUCACGCGCAUACUACAGGCAUUAUCAUCAAUGCAGAUGGUCCAUUGACGGGGGUAAAUCGACCGUCGACCAGUACAGUACCUGAAGAACGCAUUGGUGCCCAUGUUACGGGUAAUUCGGUUAGGGAUACGCUUUUUCCACAAUUAACAGAUGGUCCUCAUCCGUCCAUUACAGCUAGUAAUGACGAUAACCAUAGUCUGGGCUAGCAUGCUAGUUCUACAAAUAAUAAUCUUGGCAAUCAGCAGUUGAACAAUUCAGUCACUCACUCUGAUGUUCCUAAUGCAGCUAUUAUAGGUUAUCGUAAAGAUUCUGACAACUCGGAAGAUGAAGAUGAGUUUGUUGAUGUCGUAGAGGAACUGCCAUUACCAGAAGGUGAAGGUGGCGAGCAGCCAAUUCCUAUAGUUCUUGGGAAACGCACUAGGGAACCUGAUGACUCGGAUGUUUCCGAUAUUUCGGAAAAGCGAGUCGAUCGAAAUCCGUCUUCGGAUGGGAGUGUAGUUGAGGAUGAUUUUGUCCCUUCUUCUCUUCCUCUUCCUCCUAGUCUUUGGCUCGUUUUUUCUCCUCCAAUUUGUUUUCGUCUCUUAGUUACGAAGUUGAUCCCAUAUCCAUGGAGCAUGAUGCAAAUGGUAUUGCAAUUCCACUUGAAAGAACUACAUCUGUGCAGAGGAAGGUUCGUACCCGCAAAUCGCAAAGGCCUUCUAAAGAGGAUGAUUCUUCACUUCUUCCCUCCGCACCUCCUGCGGAUGAUUCUGUGUCUAUUGCUUCCGAAAUCCUUG